CUGCUUUUAUCACCUGACGUCUCUCGCAAAACCACGCUGGGAUUUAUUGCCCCUUUCUCAUUUCUAUCCUUCACUUUUAUCUCUCAGUCUCUGGCCUCUACGUGAAAUCCAUGAUCUACCAUGACUCUCCGGUGCGGGAGGGGAAGUGUUUUCACCAAUUUUCCGUAGGACAGCCUUCAAUGAAAAACUUUGAGACAACUGAAACCAUCAAUAAAAGACUAUGAAAAACUUUGAGACGACUGAAACCAUCAAUAAAAGACUAUCGGCAGCGACAUCUCAUCGGCAAACCAAUUCCUUCUUUGUCGGCGGCAUCUCCAGCUCCAGCGAAGACCCAUUUUCAGAGCCAAUAUCAACGGCUCAUCCCCACUCUAACAGCGACAUCACAUCCCCGUUCCUGCAACACCAUCUCCAACAAGGUGAAGGUAUUUUCAGAGGUUUGUCGUCUUGGCAAAUACAAGAAACCACAAAUAAGUACUCCAAUAAAGAAGAUGCAGCGAGAAGUAAAACCGGACUUACACAGGACAUAGUCCAUAUACAUCCUGGGGAACUGGGGACAAUAUCACCAAAACAGAAAAAGCAACGGAAGACACAGAAAUGGUGAAUUAGUUGAAAUAGACCUACAAAACUCAAAAGUCUCAUGUUAUGCCUUUUGUUGCUUCACUACAGCUAAGGUAGAAUGAGGUUAUUUUGACUGUUGAGGGCCUCCCACUGUUGCGGUUUCAAGUGUUCUAUGACUCGAAUUUUUUGAAGGGUCAGUGGUUGGGUGGGUGAGCGUUGGAAAUGUGGCUUCGGCAGUCAAAAAAGUCUGUGGCACGGUGGUAUGCUCUGUAUGUCUGUGAGGUGCUUGUCAAAAGUCUCAAUGAGUAUUUAUCUCGUGUCUUGUGAUGAAAAUUCUGCGCAAUUUUCUGGGCUCCUCCAAUAAUCAAAAUAUGUGGUGAUUGUGAAAAGAGCCAUGGCUUGGUGUGUGUUGUGGGCUGCAAAGUGGGACCCUUCUCCAUUUGCCAGGCUAUUAACUCCUCUCUCUCGGAACGAUUGAUAGUGGAUUGUUUUGUGACAAGAGUUUGCAUGCUCUGUCAGUUUACUUUCUUUCAAUUAGUUUUCAUCGGGCUUGUCCGAGAAUCAUUUGGAAGUGAUUUUAGCCAAUGAUGAAGUCCCCAAAGAUCCCAUUUCAGAAAAUUUCAACCCCAAGAACUUCUAUGGAAUUAACAAAUGUGGCGAAAUUGAUAGAAAGGAAGUGGAAUCCAAUUCCUCUGCCACAUGGAACCAUCCCUGAACCUAAAGGCCAAGACCUUGAUUAUGUGAACGUUGCUCAUAGUCAUCUUAUACAUUUUGAUUGGUGUAAGCUUGAUAAAUUGGCCUCUGGUUUGACCCCAUUUCGAGUUAAGCAUUUAUUGUUGAGAACGCAAAAGGAUUACGUUCUUUCACUUGAAUUUUUCAAGUGGGUUGAACUCAAGAACUCGAGCUCAAUUACCCUUCAAACACAUUCCAUCAUUCUGCAUAUUCUUACUAAAAAUAGGAAAUUUAAGUCUGCUGAGACAAUCCUUAGGAGAGUCAUUCAAUUGAGUUUGGGUUCAUUGGAUCUUCCUUCUAAAUUGUUUGAGGCCUUAGUGUAUUCCUAUCGAAUUUGUGAUUCUUCACCCCGUGUUUUUGAUGCAUUGUUCAAGACUUAUGCACAUCUGAAGAAGUUUAGGAAUGCCACAGACACAUUUAGUCUUAUGAAGGAAUACGGGUUCUUGCCUACAAUUGAGUCUUGCAAUGCAUACUUGAGCUCGUUGAUUAGUUUGAAUAGGUCUGAUAUUGCAUUAUCAUUUUACAAAGAAAUGCAAAGGUCCCAUAUUUCCCCAAAUGUUUAUACUCUUAACAUGGUGAUUGGUGCUUUCACCAAAUUGGGGAAUACAGAAAAGGCAGUUAAGGUGUUUAAGGAGAUGGAGAAGAUGAAUAUUAGUCCAACUGUCGCAUCGUAUAAUACAUUGAUUGCAGGAUACUGUAGUCAAGGUCUUCUGAGCACUAGUCUGAAGCUCAAGAAGCUCAUGGAGAAGAAUGUGCUCCGUCCAAAUGAGGUUACGUACAACACCCUCAUGAAUGCUUUUUGCAAGGCAGGGAAGUUGCACGAAGCUGGUAAGCUUUUCAAGGAAAUGAAAACCAUGGAUGUUGCUCCUAAUACUAUAUCCUACAAUAUAUUGAUUGACGGUUACAGCCAAGCGGAGAACAGUGAGAUGGCUGGUCGUCUUUUUGAGGAGAUGUCAGUAAAUGGUAUUAAGGCAGAUAUAAUCACUUACAAUGCAUUGAUUUUGGGACUAUGUAAAGAGGGAAAGACAAGGAAAGCUGCAUAUCUGGUGAAAGAGCUGGAUAGAGAAAAAUUUGUUCCAAACUCUUCUACCUUCUCUGCUAUUAUAACUGGGCAAUGUGUUAGAAAGAACUCUGAGCGUGCUCUUCAACUCUACAGAAGCAUGAUAAGGACUGGUUGUCAUCCAAACAAAGCAACACUGGGGAUGCUGAUAUCCACUUUCAUUGAGAAUGAGGAUUAUGAUGGAGCUGCUAUGGUUUUGAGGGAGAUGCUUGAGAGAUCCAUUUCCCCUGAUCCAGGUACUUUAUCAGAGCUUUGCAAUGGACUUUGUAAAGAUGGCAAAGAAGAAGUGGCAACCAGUUUGUGUAAAGGGUUAGAAGCUAGGCAUCUCAUGCCAGAAAGUUUUCAAAAGACUUGAAUCUUUAGCUCUAGACCAAAAUCUUUGGACGACAAACGUGAAGAUGACAAUUCAACCUCAAAAAAUUGAAGCAUAAGAUGAAUUGUGUUGUACUGUUUCUUGCUGAAAGAGCAAAUGUCCUAUCUGGCGGAUAUCCUGCUCUAUUAGUUUGUCGACAAGGUCGCGUGGUAGAGUGGUAUACUUUGUGGGUCUCAACCUACAGUGUUUCAAAUUCAUCAUGUCGUUUGUAAGAGGAAUUUUAUCUAUUUAUCGUCAGGACAUGAGCGGAUUCAGGUUUUGAGAGCUUUGAAGCAGUAGUGCAAGUGCUACAAGUCUGCUUUGGUUACUUGCAAUAUAUGUUUUGAGCCCCUCUAACCGAAUCGCUUUGUACAAUUCUCAUAACAUCUUUUCAUUCCUAACACCUAUAAUUUACUUAUUUGUUUUGUUAGCAAGUUAAUUCUGCGUUCUUAUCAUGUUAAUUGGAUAUUCAUAUUUCUCUCUUUUUAGAGAGUGAUGGUUUUUUGAGUUGGUGAAGUAUUGGUGGUGAAAUUAUUGGUAACUUUGGGAUGGUGUAUAUGCGAUUUACAUUGACAAACAAAUUAUUCCAAAUUUUCUCAGUUUUUGCUUUGUUAUUUGUACAUAUUUGCACUUUUUUGAAUUAAAGAUAUUACACUGAUGCUCCAUGUACACUAAUUUUUUUGGUGUGUUAUGAGAGGGUAUUGCGUGUUCCAUUUGCAGCUAUUAAUCCACUAAUAGCAAUCCUUAAUUAUCAAGUAAUAAUAGUGGCCUGUCACCAUUAUUUGGUGAUCAAUAAUUGGUACUAGUAUAUCACGUGACAAUAUCAAACACUGAAAAUGAAGCAUCUAAUAUUCUUUCCUCAUUAGCCAAUGGAUGGUGUCGAGCUUCCUCUUGCUUAUGGAUAGCACUUAGUGGUCUUUAGAUUGAUUUACUCCAAGAAAUUUAGGAUUUGAAUGACAUGGAAAAUUUAGUUUAAUAGUAAACAAAGCGGGUGCAAUCUUGAGGCUGAAAAGUCAACGGCAGCUUCCAAGUAGAUGGGCCAAUAUAGUACAACAAAACCUAAAUUCUGUAGAUGGGCUGGGCCAAGCAGCCUACUAGCAUUUUCGGGAGUGGUGUCCGGUUGCCCAGCAUCUCCGUUCCUGCAACAGCAUCUCCAACAAGGGCAAAGACUCCUUAAGUAUUUUCAGAGGAAUGCUGCCCAAACCAAAAAUAUGUGUUGGCAGAUUAUGAAGAUAGAAGGUUAUUGCGAAGAAUUUGUGGACUUGGUAUUCGAUCAUUUAGUGCAAAAUGAGAAGCUGGGAAAAGCAUUUAUGGCAAAGGGUCAAAGACUUCGUUUGAUUUUUCUCGAGAGAUUCAAGAAAUAUUGGGGUGUCGAAUGCAGUACUUACUAUGUGAUGGCAGCGAGGAUCGUUUAUUGCCAUGAAUUUAUUUGAGAGAGGAAGCAACAGAAACUGUGUUAUAAGCAAGCAUCACAUUCUUGGAAAGUCUCUUGAGCUGCAUAGUGUUUUUUUUUUUUUUUUGUCAUUAUCUUUUGUAUUUAUAGGAAAACCACUUGCCUUGUUUUGGAAGUACUAGGUUUCCAGAAUUCAGCUUAAAGUAAUAUACCAAUUCCUUUGCACCCGUUUUUGUUAUAAAGUAGUGAGAUUAACAGCCAA